AUGCUAGAGGCCAUUGAAGCUCGGGCGAAGGAAAUUGAGGAGAAGGAGAGAGAGUGUCGUUUGAUUUUGGAACAAGGGCGGAAAGAAUUGGAGGUGAAAAAGAAUGAAUUGAGUUUAAUUAGAGAUGAUACUAGACUUAGGCAAGAGAAAUUGAGUGAGCAAGAGAAGUUGAUAGGAGCUCUUUUUGAGAGGAUAGAGUUCGAGGGGAAACAUAUUGGGGAUAUUAGAAGUUCUGUUGAUGAGGGUUUUAGAGAAUUAUGUUUAAAAGAGAGGCAGGUAGCAGAUCGUUGGAGAGAGCUCGAGUGGGUUGAGAAACAGAUUGAGAGUAGAGAAAAUGAACUUGAUAAGAAAGAGGAAAAGUUGAAGAGUUUAGAGAAGGAGAUUGAGCUGAGGGAAAAGGUUUUGGGUUCAAAACAGGGGAUGCUUGAAGCUAGAGAAAGUCAGCUGGAGGCUAGAGAAAAGGUUUUGGAUUACAGAAGGGCAAAGAAAAGAAGGAAAAGUGGAGACAAGGAUGCAUAUGAGAAUGACUCUGAACAACAUCCAGUCAUUGAUCUGGUUGGAUCAGAUUCUGGUGAUUCUGGUCAUUCAGGUUUGGGAUGUGAUCUAAAUGAUUCCCCUUCAGUGUCAGAGUCUGAUUCAGGUUAUUCAGGUUCAGCACAUGAUCUUGGUAAGGUGCGUGAUCCUAUUGUUCGCAUUGCAUGGCUCCAGCCUGUGGCACAUUAUCCAGGUGCAAUGUCGUAUAGGAAGAACACCAAAAGUGUGAAGUUACCUGCCAUAAAGCAGGGUUGGAAGGAGUGGAUAGAUGCGGGCUUACCAGUUGGUUGUGGUGAAUUUAUAUGUGGCAAACAAGAGGCCCUGUCAUUAUCUCGUUGUAACUUUUUGCAUCAAGUUUGCUACAAAGAUAAUUUUGCUUCUUGCAAUCUUGGUAGUCCUUACUUAAUACAUCCUCAAAAGGGAGAGAUGUGGGCCCUCUAUAAGGAUUGCAACCUUAGUUGCUGUGCUUCUAAUCCUGAAAAUCAUUUAUCUUGCCAGUAUGAGAUAGUUGAGAUUGUCCAGAGAAAUCCUUUUGACACUAGAGUUGCUUCCUUGGAUAAAUUGGAAGGAUAUGCUAGUUUAUAUCACAGAAGAAACCACAAUAAGAAGGAUACUUUUUUGAUAGAUGAUGAAGAGCUCUUUAGGUUUUCCCACAAAAUACCUUCUUUUAGGUUGAGCAGCCAAGAGAGCAAAGGUGUACCAGAGGGAUCUUUUGAACUUGAUCCCAAGUCGCUUCCUGCAGUUUCUUGA